AUGAGACUCCCCAGGCGCGUCCCCUGGGCAAACAUCGGCGAGCUCGACCAGCUGUGCGCCUGGAUAUACGACGACGAGCAUGACCUUGAAGCAAAAGUCCAUGCCGUCAACCGGGACCGCUCGCAACCACCCUCGUCCUCCUACCUCGCCCUCCGCCAUGCCUACGCCACCGCUCUCAUCCGUCUCGUAAACGGCCUCGUCGACCCCCUCCAGCUCGGCACAUACGCCCGCUCCAUCUCCAGCAUCGCCGCACAGCUCGGCCUCCCCGCCUGGCUCGUCGAGCUCCGCCAUGCGGCCACCCACGAGGACCUCCCCAGCGUCCAUGUCCUCCGCGACGCCGCCAGAGAGGCACUCACCUGGCUCCUCCACAACUACUUCCUCCCCACCCUCAACCCCGCCGCGCCCCCACCCGCCUCCGCCCCGCGCGCACCCCUCCGCCCGCUCGCGCCCCUCCUCAAGCGCUACAAGGCCCUCCAGAAGGCCGCCGCCCGUGACGUCUCCCUCGCGCCCCAGCUCGCCCCCGAGAUCACGCGCGUCCUGCGCGACGCUGAGCGCUGGGUCGCCGACGCCCGCCUCGCUGCCCCCGGCGCAGGCUGGGACGACGGCGACGCCGCCGACACGCGCGAGCGCUGGGCCCUCGACCGUCUCUGCGACGAGCUGCUUGCGCGCGGCGCGCUCGUGCCCGUCUCGAAAAAAAAACGCGCUCCCGCGCGAGGCGUGCUUGUCCCCGCCCCCGCUCUGCUUUCCCUGUGGACGCCGCUCCUCACGCAGCUGCGCGCACUGCACACCGGGCUCCCCGCCGCGCUCGUCGCGCGCAUCACCACACACCUGCUCGCGCCCGCCACACCCGCGGACGCCACCGCGGAGCACAUCGCCGUCGGCGACGCGGCCGUGGGGCGGGACGUCUCGUACGACCGGUGCGUCGCCGCCUGGGCCAGCUGGCUCGUGAAUAUGUGGGGCACGGACACGGGCGCGGACGCGGCAGACGAGGACGGCGAUGCUGCGGACCUAAGGAGGGCAGACGUCGUCGUCGGCCUUGCGACCGCGCUGGGGCCCACAAGCGACGCAUCUAGCGACGAGUUCAAAGUCGCACACGACCUGCUCAAGGCACUCUGCAAGGACCACCCACCGCUACAGCGCGCCUCUGCGCUCGUCACCGGCCUACCCGCAGCUUCCGUGCACGACGCCUGGCAGGAUAAUGACAUUGCGCGCAUGCGCGAGCGUCUCGCCGCGCUCCGCGCCCUAGCUACGCCAUCGCCAUCGCUGGACGCCCCCCAUGCCAGUGCUGGAAGUCCUACAUCGUCGGUCGGCGUAAUGACAGCCCUGCCGCGGGGUUGGCGCAGGGUCAGCGAGCAUGACGGCUGGCGACCGUCACCGAUCGGCGUUUUCAUUCCGUGUGCAACAUCUGCGUAA